ACUGUUAGCAUCUCAAACUCCUGAGCUGAGGUAAGAAGUCCAUUGUGCUACUCUGUGUGCCUCCAACUUGUAUUUUAUUGUUGCCUCUGAUUCGGAUUUGAGGACUUGACGUCUUUUCCUCACUUGGUAUGUGUGUGUGUGUGUGUGUGUGUGUGCGUGCGUGUGGGGUGGGUAGAGAGGAAAGUACACUGAUGGUUCCGUGCAUUCUACAGAUUCUCAGAGAUACAAGCGACGUCUCGUUGAUAGAUGCAUUUGAAACAGGGCUGAACGCUAGCUAGUUGGGCCUUGUCAGUAACUGCUGUCUUUUUUCCUCGCAGACUCAGUGUUCGGAAUCGAGAAGACCAUGAAAAGAGGCCGGCUCCCCAGCAGCAGUGAUGAUUCUGAUGACAACGACAGUCAUUCAACCUCCUGGUCCCAACAUUCCAAACUGCAGCACAGGAGAAGCUCCUGGUCAAGGCACGAAGACCGAAAACCAUCCGAGGUGUACAGAACGGACCUCAUAACUGCAAUGAAGCUGCAUGACGCGCAUCAGCUGGACGAAGAGGAUUAUUAUAUUCUGGCUGAUUCGUGGAGACAGGAAUGGGAGAAGGGAGUUCAGGUGCCAGUCAGUCCGGAGUCUGUCCCACAUGCAUCAGUCAGAUUUAUGGAUGAGACGGACAAAGGUGUAGUGUUUGUCAGACCCAGGAAGUAUAUCCACUCUUCGGGAUCGGAACCUCCGGAGCUGGGAUACGUAGACAUCCGUACUCUGGCAGACAACGUGUGUCGUUAUGACCUGGAUGAUAUGGACGUAGCCUGGCUCGAUCUGCUGAACGAAGAAUUGAAGCUAAUGGGGAUAACAGAAUUAGAUGAGUUCACCAUGGAGAGGGUCAUGGAGGAGUUGGAGCGAAGAUGUUACGACAACAUGAAUCAUGCCAUUGAGACCGAGGAAGGACUGGGGAUUGAAUAUGAUGAAGAUGUGGUGUGCGACGUCUGCCAGUCUCCAGAUGGCGAGGAUGGCAAUGAGAUGGUUUUCUGUGACAAGUGCAACAUAUGUGUUCAUCAGGCUUGUUAUGGAAUCCUGAAGGUCCCAGAAGGCAGCUGGUUAUGUCGGACUUGUGCCCUUGGUGUCCAGCCUAAGUGUUUACUUUGCCCCAAGAAGGGUGGGGCUAUGAAGCCAACACGAAGCGGAACAAAGUGGGUUCAUGUCAGCUGUGCUUUAUGGAUCCCAGAGGUUAGCAUCGGCUGCCCAGAGAAGAUGGAACCCAUAACAAAGGUCUCGCACAUCCCUACCAGCAGAUGGGCUCUGGUUUGCAGCCUGUGUACUGAGAAGACUGGGGCUUGCAUACAGUGCUCAGUGAAGAACUGCCGGACGGCCUUCCAUGUCACCUGCGCCUUCGACAGGGGUCUGGAAAUGAAGACCAUCCUAGCAGACAACGACGAGGUCAAGUUCAAGUCGUACUGCCCGAAGCAUGGGAGCAGGCAGCAGGCCGUGGAGGAGGGGGCGGAGAGGGGAGGAGACCGAGGCCCCGGAUGCAUGGCAGAGACUCGGGAGAAGGCGUUGCCGGCAGGGAAGUCCUUGGCCCUGGAUCAGAGUCAGGAGGAGGAGGAGGAGGCACAGAGGAUCGGGGCUCGCAAACAGAAACUACAGCAGCUGGAGGACGAGUUUUACAACUUUGUCAGCGUCUCCGAGGUUUCCCAGCAGCUAAAGUUCAGCGUGGAUCUGGUGGAUUUAAUUUACCAGUACUGGAAGGUGAAGAGGAAGGACAACUUCAAUAAGCCGCUCUUCACUCCCAAGAAGGACGAGGAGGACAAUUUGGCCAAGCAGGAGCAGGACGUGUUGUACAGGAGGCUGCAGCUCUUCACACACCUCCGGCAGGACCUGGAGAGGGUUAGGAAUCUCACUUACAUGGUGACCCGAAGGGAGAAGAUUAAGAGAACAAUCUGUAGAGUCCAAGAGCAAAUAUUCCAGCACCAGAUGAAACUUGUCGAGGAGGAGCGCAUUUCUGGUGUGCCUUCAGCAUUCCCGUCGGAUGAGGCUCUAUUCCUUGGUUGGUUGGCGCAACCUGAUCAAUCGGAUGAUUUCCAAUGGCGAUCGAGCAACCGGGAGCUGGGAAUGCCUGGCCAGCACUCGGCCCGAGUGUGGCGUGCAAGCAGCUCCCACGUGGGCGACAGAAUGCGAAGCCACACAGUCGCUGCCCACAAGAGUUUGUUGAAACAAUCGAACCGGGUCAGUGAGGUCAAAAGCAAAGCUGACCCGCACAGCACGAGGGAGGAUUACAGUAGCCCGCGCGCUCUCCCGUCGUACGAGAAAGUGCGGCCGGGAUCGCAAGGGAGCACCCGGGAGAGGAGUAAUGGAUUGGCCGGAUCUGACUUGAGGAGGAAAACCGAGGGCAACAUGGGAUGUAAAACGGAAUCGAGGGACAGAGCUUCUUCGAGGCGAGAGAAGUCUCUUGCGGCCAUGGAAUCCACCCUGAAGCAGUCGGAAAACAAGCGGGUUUUGUACGCUCCGACCUGCAGGCUGCCCGCCAUCGGCAGUCGGAGGUUAUCCGGGGAUGGCAGCCUGGCACACACAAAAUGCAAUGGUACUUUGAGCCGGUUGGCUUGCAACCAAACGACCCUUCCUAUUGCUCGUCCUGCAGUCAAAGUGCCUACCACCCCUACGAGCCCAGUGAAAAACUGGGGUGGGUUUAAAAUCCCGAAGAAGGGAGAAAGGAAGCAGCACAGGGAGACACAGGAGGCCUGCGGGCAGAACUCAGAGGCCACCAAAUACCAGCAUUUGGGCUUACAGAGAGCAUCUUCCAAAGAGAGGCCGAAGGUAAGGCUGUUGCCGGACAGUGAAAACGAUGGCUAGCCCGAUGCUGAAAUGAGCGACUCUGAGAGUGAGACGACAGACAACUGCAAGCCACAGAGGCUAAGUUCAAACAGUGCUAUAGUCAACAGGCGGUACGGAGCAGACAUUAUUCGAAGAAGCAUUCUGGCCUCUUGAGCUAGCUGAGAGUGACAGCAGCAGCAAGUACAGUCACUGCCUGGUGUCCUAGCCCAGACCUAUCUAAACUGUAAUGAAAUGCCUUGUUGUAAUUUCAUGUUUUUACACUUGAGUACUUGGUACCUCGGGGCAUUACUCAUCGGGAGAUGAGUUGGUCAGUAAAUAGCUUGUGUUUGAACUUGAAGGCUGCAGUGCUGCAGUUACAUUAAUCUGCCCCAUGUACAGUUCCAGCACUUCAGGAAAGCCUUUCAAAUGAUCCAGUUUUAUAACAGUAAAACAUAAAAACACUAUAGAAAAAAGGGUUCGAUAAUGAUUACAUUCAUUUUACAUCUCAAUAGUUCAGUAAUCUGCUGCGUGUUUUCUUUUCCAAAAUGGCUUUACAAAGCAUGCAAUAUUGUUUUUAAACAAAAUCUGCAGAUUGUGUGCUACUUCUGACAGAAUGGAUGUGUAGCAAGAUUUGGGCUGGACAAUCAAAUGCCUCAAAUAACAACUGUAGAUUCAAAAUGUUGCUCGACUCUUGCAAACCACUCUUUGUGUUUUAAAAUGCCAGCGUUCAGUUGUAGUAAACUUUCGGAUGUUGCUGUUUCAGCGUUUUUAACNAAAAAUACUCAGCCAGUCGCUAAAUACAUGAGUGCUUAGUAUCAGAAGAGCAAUCAUUUGGGUGGUGUACAACUAGAGAAAGGUUAUUUUGUACAAUCGCUGCAGAAAGCAAGGGCAUCCCUUGAGGUCUGUAAAUUCUGGAAUUUGUACAGUAACCUGACUUGUAUGACUGGCUAACAAUUACUUGUACAAGAGUAAGGAAUAACAGCUGGAAGCACAAGCGUUUUAGCUGCGUUCUUCCUGCUUUGCUCCUGCAGGAGUGAAAGGUUUGUUAAGUGUUCAAACUGUCCUGUGACACUUAAGAAGAACAUUCUUAAUUUCUUAAUUUGACGAUUGGUCUGUUUGUAAUGUGUUGAUCUCCUGUUCAUUAACAUUUAAUAUAUUUUUUUAAAAAGCCGCAUGUUUCAAUGACAUUUUUCAAUCCUUAUUUUGGAUAAUCUUGUUUUGCCAUCAGAAGAAAUAAUUGUGCUAAAAUACUGAAUGAGGGAUUUGUAGCACUAUGCUUGGCUAUACUGGUAUCAAAGAUGUUCUGAACUCUAGUGUAGAAAUUACACCAGAUCCUCUAAAUGGCUGUUUAGGGAAACUCCACAGAAAGAACAUUGCCGAGAGGGAUUUAUUGGCUGGCUUCCCUAUUCGCGAGAGAGCUGUAAGCAAUAAAUCAAUUCUAUUGAAGGUUGAGAUACACUAGUGCUAUUGAACCUGGGAUACUUUUCCAAGUACAGUGCCACAGAACUAAACAGCUGACGUCCAAUAGUUUGUGCCAUUACACUAUUUUGUAGCUCUUUUAAGUGACCAGCAAAGGGAUAGAACUAGUCAUAAAAGGGUAGUCAUUUCAGUAAAUGUAAUAUUUUUCAUGUGCUCUUAUCAUUUGAUCUCAGGAUCUAAAAUGUAUUUAUGUAACCUGGACAUUCCUGAUCAUUUUUUGUGUGUUAAUUUCUAGGGGGUUUAACUGGUGUUCUAUUCUCAGCAAACACUGAAAUGAACCAAUUUUUGGAGGGAGGCUGGAGGGGGCACAUUAAAAAGAAUAGGUUUGACUUCACAAUUGUUGAGAAAAUACCACAUCAAAUAAAAUCUAUUGUGAGCUUAUUCAGAACAUUUAAAAUGUUUGAAUACAUCAGGUUUCAAUGUGUUAUGAACUUGUUACAAUUGAUCUUAAGUUUUCAAAGUUUGCAAAACUCUUACUGUCUAAAGUAUCGCACAUACUGCACUAGAUUUAUUUCCUGCUCAUGUGUUGUCGUUUAGUUGAAAUUCAUUUUGUUAAUGAGUGGCCUUUCCUAAUCUUUUGCCAGUGCAAUAGUUAUGUACUAAUUUCCUAUGUGACAAGAAUCCCCCAAUGAAUUCUGGAAGGAAAAUGUUUUGCUCCGUGUUUGAUAUGGAGUAUUUAUGCAUCCCAGAUGUUCAGUUUGAAAUAUAUGAAGCAUCUUAACAUUUGCUGUUAACAUGUGUUUUAUCAAUGACACACCAUCUCACACACUGUCUGAAGAAAACAGUCACUAAUUUUAUGCCUUGCUUAGUUUUUUUUUAAUAUACAUACCUGCACUAAAUAAUUUUUUGGAUAGAAGUAGGCAGUAAGUUAAUAACAUGAGGAUGAUGGUCUACAUAACGGCAACUCAGACAGUUCUUUUAUACUUAAGGCUUUAUAAUUUUUUCCAUUUGCUUAAUGGUCAAAUUGAUCUUAAAUUAUGAUUUUAGUAUAUAUGUAUAUAUAAAUAUUGUAGUUUGACAUUAGGCUAGUUGAGCUACUGUGUAGUUGCUUCUGGCAUGCGUAGUUUUACGAAAAAGUGAUGUAAUAAUAAUAUUAAUAAGCAUCGCCGCAUUUGAUAUCGCG